AUUACUCAAAAAUGCCAAAUGAAUGGCAGACGUAUGUGUAUCGUAAUCAGAUUGUUGUAAAAAAUGGCAAAAACGUACGAUUAUUUAUUUAAAUUACUUUUGAUAGGUGAUUCUGGAGUGGGAAAGACAUCUAUAUUAUUUAGAUUUUCGGAAGAUGCUUUCAAUAUUUCAUUUAUAUCAACUAUUGGUAUUGACUUUAAAAUUCGUACGAUAGAUCUUGACGGCAAAAAAGUAAAAUUACAAAUAUGGGACACCGCAGGCCAAGAACGAUUUCGUACAAUCACAACGGCAUAUUACCGGGGAUCAAUGGGCAUAAUGCUUGUUUACGAUGUAACAAAUGAAAAGAGCUUUGAAAAUAUUAAGAAUUGGAUCAGGAAUAUUGAAGAGAAUGCCAGUGCCGAUGUAGAAAAGAUGAUCCUUGGGAACAAGUGUGAUUUAGAAGCUAAAAGACAGGUGUCAAAAGAAAGGGGUGAACAGUUAGCUGUAGAAUAUCAGAUUAAAUUUAUAGAAACUUCGGCGAAGGACUCCUUAAAUGUAGAGUCGGCGUUUUAUACUUUAGCAAGGGACAUCAAAGCAAAGAUGGAGAAAAAACAGAAGGAGGCGAGCAACCCGGCGGGCGCGCGGUCCGGCGGCCACCAGCUGCGCAACGAGCCGCAGCGCAAGCCCACGUCGUGGCUGUCGCGCUGCAGCUUGCUCUGACGGCGCAGGCGCAGCGCCCUCGCCGGACCUACACGCUCCACACAUCGCGAGCUAUAUCAGAAAGUAUUGUAAUCCAGUGAGACCCUACGUACGCUCAACCAC